GCGACGCCUUCUCUCCACAUAGACAACGCCUUUAAAAAUCCAUUGGCAUCUGCAGGCGUGAAAGGCCAUAGGGAGGCUUUGUCUAAUUCUUUAAAAGACCGAAACAUCAACAAUGGGUGCCAACCGUGAACAGAAGGCCGCUUACUUCGAGAAGCUCAAGGAGCUCCUCCAGCAGUUCCCCUCCAUCUUCAUCGUUAACGUUGACAAUGUCGGCUCCAACCAGAUGCACCAGAUCCGUGUCGCGCUCCGCGGCAAGGGUGUCGUCCUGAUGGGCAAGAACACCAUGGUCCGCCGCGCGCUGCGCAGCUUCCUCUCCGAGCUCCCCCAGUUCGAGAAGCUCCUCCCGCACGUCAAGGGCAACAUCGGCUUCGUGUUCACUGCCGGUGACCUCAAGGAGAUCCGCGACCUCAUCAUCGCCAACAAGGUCGCCGCCCCCGCGCGUGCCGGUGCCUACGCGCCCAAGGACGUCUCCAUCCCCGCCGGCAACACCGGUAUGGAGCCCGGCAAGACGUCCUUCUUCCAGGCCCUCGGUAUCCCCACCAAGAUCGCGCGUGGUACGAUCGAAAUCGUGUCCGACGUCAAGGUCGUCACCGCCGGCACGCGCGUCGGCCCCUCCGAGGCGACGCUCCUGAACAUGCUCAACAUCUCGCCGUUCACGUACGGCAUGACGGUCGUGCAGAUCUACGACUCGGGCAACACGUUCUCGCCCGACGUCCUCGACGUCGACGAGUCAGAGCUCAUCGACCGCUUCCUCACGGGUAUCAAGACCAUCGCGGCGAUCUCGCUCGCGCUCAAGUACCCGACGAUCGUGUCCGUGCUCCACUCGCUUAUCAACUCGUACAAGAAUGUCCUCGCUGUGUCGCUCGCCACCGAGUACACUUUCGAGGGCUCCGAGAAGGUCAAGGAGUACCUUGCCAACCCCGACGCUUUCGUGUCCGCUGCGCCCGCCGCCGCUGAGGCUGCCCCGGCCGCCGAGGCCAAGGCUGAGGAGAAGGAGGAGGAGAAGGAGGAGUCUGACGAUGACAUGGGCUUCGGUCUCUUCGACUAAUUUCACUCCACGUGUAUCGUUAGCAUUUGUAUCAUUGCUAUCUAUCGACGAGUCUCCAUCUUGAUUUGCUGAGGACCUCCGAGUCACCGCAAAUCGCGAGUCCUUGCUAUGCAUGGAAAUACGCAGGGUGCGAAGGAGAUCAGGAAUGGAAGUAGUGUCGUGGAUGUCCCGUAAGACGAGAUGUGGUUUGAAGACU